GCCCGGGGAGAAGACACAGAAAAGGAUCCCCUCGGUCAGGAUGGAACUGAAGGCCGAGGAGGAGGAGGCGGGCGGCGUCCAGCCGGUGAGCAUCCAGGCCUUCGCUAGCAGCUCCACGCUGCACGGCCUGGCGCACAUCUUCUCCUACGAGCGGCUCUCUCUGAAGCGGGGGCUCUGGGCCCUGUGCUUCCUGGGCUCGCUGGCCGUGCUGCUGUGUGUGUGCACCGAGCGGGUGCAGUACUACUUCCAUUACCACCACGUCACCAAGCUCGACGAGGUGGCUGCCUCCCAGCUCACCUUCCCCGCCGUCACGCUGUGCAACCUCAAUGAGUUCCGCUUCAGCCAAGUCUCCAAGAAUGACCUGUACCACGCUGGGGAGCUGCUGGCCCUGCUCAACAACAGGUAUGAGAUACCGGACACACAGAUGGCAGAUGAAAAGCAGCUGGAGAUCCUGCAGGACAAGGCCAACUUCCGCAGCUUCAAGCCCAAGCCCUUCAACAUGCGCGAGUUCUACGACCGCGCGGGGCACGACAUUCGAGACAUGCUGCUCUCCUGCCACUUCCGGGGGGAGGUCUGCAGCGCUGAAGACUUCAAGGUGGUCUUCACACGGUAUGGCAAAUGCUACACAUUCAACUCGGGCCGAGAUGGGCGUCCACGGCUGAAGACCAUGAAGGGUGGGACUGGCAAUGGGCUGGAGAUCAUGCUGGACAUCCAGCAGGACGAGUACCUGCCUGUAUGGGGAGAGACUGAUGAGACGUCCUUCGAAGCGGGCAUCAAAGUGCAGAUCCACAGUCAGGAUGAACCUCCCUUCAUCGACCAGCUGGGCUUUGGUGUGGCCCCUGGGUUCCAGACCUUUGUGUCCUGCCAGGAGCAGCGGCUCAUCUACCUGCCCCCGCCCUGGGGCACCUGCAAAGCUGUUACCAUGGACUCGGAUUUCUUCGACUCCUACAGCAUUACUGCCUGCCGCAUCGACUGUGAGACACGCUACCUGGUGGAGAACUGUAACUGUCGUAUGGUGCACAUGCCAGGGGAUGCCCCAUACUGCACUCCAGAACAGUACAAGGAGUGUGCGGAUCCUGCUCUGGACUUCCUGGUGGAGAAGGACCAGGAGUACUGUGUGUGUGAAAUGCCCUGCAACCUAACCCGCUAUGGCAAGGAGCUGUCCAUGGUCAAGAUCCCCAGCAAAGCAUCAGCCAAGUACCUGGCCAAGAAGUUCAACAAGUCUGAGCAGUACAUAGGGGAGAACAUCCUGGUGCUGGACAUUUUCUUUGAAGUCCUCAACUAUGAGACUAUUGAGCAGAAGAAGGCCUAUGAAAUUGCAGGGCUCCUGGGUGACAUUGGGGGCCAGAUGGGGCUGUUCAUUGGGGCCAGCAUCCUCACGGUAUUGGAGCUCUUUGACUACGCCUACGAAAACCCGUGUGAGAGCCUCCGGGGCCACCCUGCCGGGAUGACAUAUGCUGCCAACAUCCUACCUCACCAUCCGGCCCGAGGCACUUUUGAGGACUUUACCUGCUGAGCCCCGCAGGCCACUGUACCAAAGGCCUAGGUGGGGAGGGCUAGGACAGUAAGGGGGCCCUCGGCCGCGCCCCCCCCACAUCUGCCCUGGGGACUCACUCCCCCCUCCCAAGGUAGACCCCCACUCCUGGGCAGUCCUUUCCUCUUGUCUGUGGUGAGGAAGGAAUCUUGACCAUAGAGCCCUCUCCCUGCCUCUAUCCCAUUCUUUUUAUUUUUACUGAAACUAAU